UUUUUCAUUUUAUUUCAAUAUGCGAGUUUUUAUUUUAUUAAGGUAUUUUUAUUAAAAGCAAAGGUCGUGAAUAGAAGGUGGGAUCGUCUAAAAAGGGGGACACAAUUUUCAUUCAUGUUUUUAUAAGAUGUCACAAACCACAAUUUUUAAAAUUUGCUAACUAAGAAAGCAUAUAUAUUUUUUAGGUAUUUACUAUCUUUCCUUAAAUCUUUUAUUAGCUUAAUUCCUCUAAAAGUUUAAAUGCGCGUCCCAUUAUUUAUUCCUAUUGAUGAUCCGUCUGGAAAAGUGCUUAAACGCACAUCUCUCGAUCUUACUUGUUUUGGGCCAUGUCAGAGGAAGGUUAAAGCUUGUCUUUCUGUUCUUUUCUGUUUGGCUUUACUUUUUAUUUGUCUUUACUUGGAUAUUGUUGCCAUUCUCUUUUGGGAUUCGCUACUUCGUCAUUCACCAAAUAGAGCGCUUCCAUUACGUUCACUAAAACGGCAAGAAAAAAGAGAAACAACGCUUAAACCGCUAAUUACAAUUAACAAAACAGUAGAAUUGGAAGCAAGAAAUCAGCAACUUAGAGAAAUCCUCAACAAUAGCUUGACUCAUUGGUUAUCAGACCUCCCUGAUGACGGUUGGUGUGAAAGAAUGUCUAAUGGGUUGUUAAGCGAUGAGGAAGCUGAGCGCUGGAAUGUGAAUCAAAGUAGUGAACGUUAUAUGCCUGAUAUAAAGAAACAAAAUCCAACCGAGAUGCCUGAAGCUGGCUGCAAAAAUCUAAAACGACUCUUUCCUUUUCCUGAGGAGCCAGCUACCGAAGAAGAACUCCAAUUUCCACUAGCUUAUGGCAUCCUAGUUUAUAAAUCUCCACUACAAGUGUUUUUACUGAUGAGUGCUAUAUAUCAGCCUCAAAAUGCUUAUUGCCUUGCUGUUGAUGAUCGGGUCCUUUCUUUGGUAAUCUUCUGCUUCAUUGGUCCCUAG